CACAUCGGAGAAGUCUCGCUCCUCCGCCGUCCGAGUACCAGUCGCGAUUUCAAAUUAUCCAGGACGAGGUGCGAGCUUUUUUUUCUCGUCGCGCGUGUUACCCACGACGGCGUGAUGUGUCCCCGCGGUGCAUUGCUUUUUUGUUGCUUGUUCCUGGUGCUGGCCGGGAGCCUGUGCGAGGAAAAUGCCACCACGACAGAAGAGAACGCAUUAGCGAAAUUAGUCAAACUGUUCUCGAAACCCGGAGCGUUCAAACGAAUUAACGCAAUACUCGGUGAAAAUUCGAUCGAGGAAUCGUACACGUCCUGCCCGAAAGGCGAGGAGGGCCUCGAAUGCAGAAGAGCCGAGGCCAGGCGCUCCGUCGAUUGUCCUCAAGGUGACUGUUACUGCUACAAUUGUGCAGCAGCUGGUCCCGAGUUGUGGGCCUCCUGUUGCCGUGAAAGCUUGCGGUGCUGUUCACAUCUCGCGGCGGCUUGCAGGACUUGCGACCAUCCAACGUUAUUCCCGUUUUGCUCGAAACACUUUAAGAAAUGUCUGAACGAAACGAACGAGAAGAAACAGAAUUAACGAUACCCGCGUCUCGAUAAAUCCUAAUCUGAACGAACGAAAACGGGGCAACGGGUUGUCAUAAUCUGGCACUUUCUAAACUCUAAACUUUAUAACAGAAAUACCGAGAAGAGAGAGAGAGAGAGUAGUCCCUCGACGGAUGAUCUGUCGUGAACAUUUUUAUGAUACGUUCCAGAGGUUCGCGAAAUGAAGUUCUAAUGGGAAACCAUAAACGCGACGGGGAACAAGUUAAAUAGAUUUCCGUAAGUUAACUCGAUCGCUAAUCGUAUCUUGCAUAAGCUGAAAGUUUUACCGCCGAGUUUCUAAAUAUAGUCAGUUUUAUCUUUCGACAAGCUGAACUGGUCCCCGUCUCAUUUUUUGUUACUACGCAUUUCGCACAAGAUUAAACGAGACGCGAUAAAUCGUACCUGAAACCCGUGUAAAAUUCGCGUGACUAUUAUUCUUUUGCGCGUUGAACAAUGAGUUUGAGGGUGGCGAGAACGGAUCCGGUCAGCGGAAGAUCUGAUUAUUAUUGAUGUAACGACGUGUUCGUGUAAAAGAAGAAAAUCAAUAAAAAGUAAACAAUAAGAACAGAAGGAAGCGUAGACGUUUGUAAUGAGGAAAUUCUUGAGUGUUCUUAGAUCUAUGUACAAACGCAGUAAAAAAUUAGAUACCACCUAAAUACUAAACCAUCGCAGGUCGUUUAAUUGUACCUUAACGAUUAUCGAGAACGCGUUCGAGUUACUCAACGGGCAAGAAGUAACAGACGAAUCGACGAGUUACAAAAUUUACAGAAUGGUUUCGUGCUUCGAGACCACUUGAAAACGCACGAAAAAUGACACACGCUGUUGCGAGAAGAAUGUUCGCUUCUCGAUGUUCUCGUUUCUUUUCACAUGUAACAUUGAAAGCUGGCAACAUUUCAAGAGCGUAAAUAAAUCACCACUUGGGAUACAA